GAGUGGCAGAGGUACAACACCGGAAGCGCGCAUUCUGUUGGUUGUACGCUGAUCCGCCGCAGCUGACACCUCCAUACCCAGUCAUGCUCUGAGCUCAUUCGAGCUUCUACAUCGCUCCUAAUCUCUACCGAAAUUCUGAUUGAAAAGGUUGAGGGAAUCGAAGAGGACUGUCGAUUUUCGUUCGCUCUCUCUCGGUCGAUUGUCUCGUCAGCGUGCAUUGCGAGUUGAGACUGACGAUCGUGAAACUUCCAGUUACAGAAUUAUUGGAAUGUGCUUGGAUAUGCACUGGUAGUUAAUAUUAACAUUUUGUGCAUGAUGGCUUCAAGAGCAAUAUUGCAAAAGAAAAAGUGUCUGCUUGAUUCUGUCAAGCGGCCACAUUAUUUAGCUCAAAGGUUCGUCUGUAAUGACCAUGGGAGGUUGUUGGACGCUCCUGAUGCACAGCGUGGGAACUGGCCUGUGAUUUUUUCUCAUUCAGAUAACAGUGAGAAAGAGGAUUCUCAUUUUCUAACCAGACGAAUGGCACAGCGAACUCUGCCAAAAAAGUGUGCUGCCCAUUAUUUUUCCAAAGUUCCAAGUUUUCACCGGGAGAUUGCAGUACCUGGGGAAGUUAACCCUUUGGGACUUAGGUGGACAAUAGAGUACGUACGUCAUCUUUCAACUGCUCCAGCUGGUAAGCCUGAAUUAGACGGUGUUGAUAAUAUAAAAGAAUCUGUUAAGCCGAAGAAAGAACCUUCACCAGAAGAAUGUGAUCAGGCAGUUGAAGGUUUAAGCUCAGUGAAAGCCAAAGCUAAAGCUAAAGCGAAGCAGUUGAAAGAUUCUUCAAAGGGUGUGAAAUUUAUACUUAAAAAGAUGCGGGCUAUUCUUUUGGGAAUUGGUCCAGCUUUGCGAGCUAUUGCUUCAAUGAGCCGGGAAGACUGGGCAAAUAAGUUGCGGCAUUGGAAGGACGAGUUUAAAUCUACAAUGCAGCAUUACUGGUUGGGAACGAAGCUACUAUGGGUUGAUGUUAGGAUAAGCUUAAGGCUAUUGUUAAAACUUGCCAGUGGGAAGAGUUUGUCCAGGAGGGAGAGGCAACAACUCACACGAACAACUGCAGACAUUUUCAGGCUAGUUCCUUUUGCUGUCUUCAUUCUAGUUCCAUUCAUGGAGUUCUUGCUGCCUGUGUUCCUGAAACUGUUUCCAAACAUGCUACCAUCAACCUUCCAGGACAAGAUGAAAGAACAGGAGGCCCUUAAAAAGAGGCUCAAUGCAAGGAUAGAAUAUGCAAAGUUUCUUCAAGAGACUGUUAAAGAAAUGGCAAAGGAAGUUCAGAGCUCAAGAAGUGGAGAUGUAAAGAAAACAGCGGAGGAUCUUGAUGAUUUUAUGAGCAAGGUGAGGAAAGGGGCUCCUGUUACUAAUGAAGAAAUUUUGGGUUUUGCCAAGUUGUUUAAUGAUGAGUUUACCCUGGAUAACAUCAGCAGGCCACGGCUAAUGACUAUGUGCAAAUAUAUGGGAAUUAGUACUUAUGGUACUGAUGCAUAUCUACGGUAUAUGCUCCGGGACAGGCUUCGGAAGAUAAAGACUGAUGAUAAAAUGAUCCAAGCUGAGGGCAUAGAGUCUCUUUCAGAGGAGGAGCUCCGCCAAGCAUGUCGAGAACGUGGAUUGCUUGGACUUCUCUCAGUUGAAGAAAUGAGAAAACAACUUCAAGAUUGGCUGGACUUAUCUCUCAAUCAUUCAGUACCAUCUUCUUUACUAAUUCUGUCUAGAGCAUUCAGUGUCUCCGGUAAAGUUAGGCCAGAGGAAGCUGUCCAAGCCACACUCUCAUCUCUGCCUGAUGAGGUGGUGGACACUGUCGGUAUAACAUCUUUGCCAUCUGAAGACUCUGUCGCAGAAAGGAGGAGGAAGUUAGAGUUCUUGGAAAUGCAAGAAGAAUUAAUCAAGGUAGAGCUGUACAACCACAUUGUGGAAGAGGGCACUGAUGGAGAAGCAGCAGCUAAAAAGGCAUAUAUAGAAGCUAGAGAGGAAAUUGAUCACGAUGCUGAGAAAAAAGUUGGCGAUAAAGUAUCUUCAGCACUCAUAAAAAGGGUUGAUGCUAUGCUCCAAAAGCUUGAAAAGGAGAUUGAUGAUGUAGAUGCCAAAAUUGGCGAUAGGUGGCGGUUGCUUGAUAGGGAUUAUGAUGGCAAAGUGACUCCAGAAGAGGUUGCAUCUGCUGCCACAUACCUCAAAGCUACCUUAGAUAAGGAGGGAAUUCAAGAAUUUAUCAGCAAAUUGUCGAAGGAUCGAGAUGGGAAAAUUCUCGUUGAAGAUAUUGUCAAGUUAGCCAAGCGAUCCGAAGACGAAGAAAAUGCCGAAGAUGGAAAACCAUAAAGCAAAAUCUCUGGUAAUCAGCAAAUAAUCUUGUGGUUCUAUCAGAUUUAAUGAACUGCUACAGUUUUAGUGACAGUAGGCUGAUGUCGAAACUUGAAGGCGGUUCUUUUAUAUCUUCUCCGUCCAUAUAGAGGAAACUGUUACGCUCAAGAUUGCGCGAUAAACAUUAGCAUGGUUUUAGACAACUGAUGUCUCUAUAGGUUACAAAGUUGAAGCAUGAUUUCUGUCUAUGCGUCAAUUCAUUUUGUAAUUUUUUUUUUUGUAUAUGAUUUGUGGUGUAUGUCUCUGAGAAGUAACUAGCAGUUAAUAAAUAGAAGGAUAUGUGACAUCCUAGAUUUCUUUA